UCAUUCUGCGUUUUUCCAAGUUGGACAAAUGAAAACCAUGGAGCUGGAUGAUGAGCUCUUGGACCCGGAAGUGGACCCGCCUCCCCCCUUCCCCAAGGAGAUCCCACACAACGAGAAGCUCCUGUCCCUCAAGUACGAGAGCUUGGACUACGACAACAGUGAGAACCAGCUGUUCCUGGAAGAGGAGAGGCGGAUCAACCACACGGCCUUCAGGACGGUGGAGAUCAAGCGCUGGGUCAUCUGUGCCCUCAUCGGGAUCCUCACGGGCCUCGUGGCCUGCUUCAUUGACAUCGUGGUAGAGAACCUGGCCGGCCUCAAGUACAGGGUCAUCAAGGACAACAUUGACAGGUUCACAGAGAAGGGCGGGCUGUCCUUUUCCCUCCUGCUGUGGGCCACGCUCAACUCGGCCUUUGUGCUCAUAGGCUCUGUGAUAGUGGCCUUCAUUGAGCCAGUGGCUGCUGGCAGUGGGAUCCCCCAGAUCAAGUGCUUCCUCAAUGGGGUGAAGAUCCCCCAUGUAGUGCGGCUCAAGACAUUGGUGAUCAAGGUGUCCGGCGUGAUUCUGUCCGUGGUGGGAGGACUGGCUGUGGGAAAGGAAGGGCCUAUGAUCCACUCCGGGUCUGUGAUCGCUGCCGGGAUUUCCCAGGGAAGGUCAACAUCGCUCAAGCGAGAUUUCAAGAUCUUUGAGUACUUCCGCAGAGACACGGAGAAGAGAGACUUUGUCUCAGCAGGAGCUGCGGCUGGAGUAUCAGCUGCAUUUGGAGCGCCCGUGGGUGGCGUCCUGUUCAGCCUGGAAGAAGGUGCCUCUUUCUGGAACCAGUUCUUGACAUGGAGAAUUUUCUUUGCUUCCAUGAUUUCCACCUUCACUCUGAACUGUGUCCUGAGUAUCUACCAUGGGAACAUGUGGGACCUGUCCAGCCCGGGCCUCAUCAACUUCGGAAGGUUCGACUCAGAGAAAAUGGCCUACACCAUCCAUGAGAUCCCUGUCUUCAUUGCCAUGGGAGUGGUGGGUGGCAUUCUCGGAGCUGUCUUCAAUGCCUUGAAUUACUGGCUGACAAUGUUUCGAAUCAGGUACAUCCACCGGCCCUGCCUCCAGGUGAUUGAGGCCAUACUGGUGGCCGCUGUCACAGCCACGGUCGCCUUUGUGCUGAUUUACUCGUCCCGGGAUUGCCAGCCCCUGCAGGGAAGUUCCAUGUCCUACCCGCUCCAGCUCUUCUGUGCGGAUGGCGAGUACAACUCCAUGGCUGCGGCCUUCUUCAACACCCCUGAGAAGAGCGUGGUCAGCCUCUUCCACGACCCACCAGGCUCCUAUAACCCCAUGACGCUGGGCCUGUUCACCAUCGUGUACUUCUUCCUGGCCUGCUGGACCUACGGGCUCACUGUGUCUGCUGGAGUCUUCAUCCCGUCCCUGCUCAUCGGCGCUGCUUGGGGUCGGCUCUUUGGCAUCUCUCUGUCUUACCUCACGGGGGCAGCGAUCUGGGCAGACCCUGGCAAGUACGCCCUGAUGGGAGCUGCUGCCCAGCUCGGUGGGAUCGUGAGGAUGACCCUGAGCCUGACCGUCAUCAUGAUGGAGGCCACCAGCAACGUGACCUACGGCUUUCCUAUCAUGCUGGUGCUGAUGACCGCCAAGAUCGUGGGCGAUGUCUUCAUCGAGGGCCUGUACGACAUGCACAUCCAGCUGCAGAGCGUGCCCUUCCUGCACUGGGAGGCUCCGGUCACCUCCCACUCACUCACCGCCAGGGAGGUGAUGAGCACCCCUGUGACGUGCCUGCGGAGGAGGGAGAAGGUCGGCGUCAUCGUGGACGUCCUCAGUGACACGGCCUCCAACCACAAUGGCUUCCCCGUGGUGGAAGACACGGACGACACCCAGCCAGCCAGGCUCCAGGGCUUGAUCCUGCGUUCCCAGCUCAUUGUCCUUCUGAAGCACAAGGUGUUUGUAGAGAGGUCCAACAUGGGCCUGGUGCAGCGCCGGCUGAGGCUGAAGGACUUCCGUGAUGCCUAUCCACGCUUCCCCCCGAUCCAGUCCAUCCACGUGUCCCAGGAUGAGCGCGGGUGCUCCAUGGACCUGUCCGAGUUCAUGAACCCCUCCCCCUACACUGUGCCCCAGGAAGCGUCUCUCCCUCGCGUGUUCAAGCUGUUCCGGGCUCUGGGCCUGAGGCACCUGGUGGUCGUGGACAAUCGCAAUCAGGUGGUCGGGCUGGUGACCAGGAAGGACCUGGCCAGGUACCGCCUGGGGAAGGGCGGCCUGGAAGAACUCUCGCUGGCACAGACGUGAGGCCUGGCCCC